AAAGUGUGAGUAAACAAUAACAACGUGAGAACCUGACAAUCAAAGAGUUGAAAACCGAUAAAGCGAAAACUUAAGAGUACUUUGUGGAGAAUUAGAGCACAAUUCAACUCUCUCAUCGCUUGCAUAACAACUAAAUAUUGCGUGUAAACAAUAAACAAAGUUUUCAGAGUCAAGCCGGUGACGCCAAAAAACAUAUGUGCACAAACUAAAAAAAUAGAAAAAGAGCAAAUUUUGAUGUGUUUAAAAUAAGCUAAGCUUGUGUAUCGCUUCAGUGAAUUUGCUUUGUGUAGAAUGAGCAAAAAUUCGGGAUUUUUUUAUGGGCUCUCAACGAUAAUUAUAUGUGUAUAGAAAUACUUCCAUGUUUGAUUAGUUCUCGUCGGUCAGCGUAUCGCUUUGGUUGCUUCGGAAAUGGGCAUUAUACGUUUUAAAACAAGUUUGCUGCUAUUUGGCCUGGUGUUGUUAUUAGACACCAUUGCCACCGAAGAAGCUCAGAGUUCCCGCAUUCUGGCCGUGUUUCCAUUUCCCGGCCGAUCGCAGUACAUAUUUGCAGAACAGUAUCUCAAGGAACUAGCUCGUCGGGGUCACAAUGUCACCGUAAUAAAUACUUUCGGCAGCGAUAAAAAUGAACCCAAUUUUCGAGUGAUUGGUGCAAAGAAAAUUCACGAAAUAAUGGCAGCAUUUGGAAAUGCGGACUACAACCAGGAUGCGAGCCAAUGGAAAAUUUUGUCCAUGACCACCGAGUUCCUCAAUCUUUUGACUACAAGUGUGCUAGAUGAACCGGCUGUAAAGGAGUUAAUAAACGGCGAAGAAGGUUUUGAUUUGGUUGUAUUGGAAACGGUGCAAACAGAAGCCCUUUUUGGCUUAGCUCAACAUUUUGGAGCCCAGACUAUUGGAAUAUCAUCCUAUGGCACCGACACUCAUAUCGAUGAACUAAUGGGAAAUAUAUCACCUUUAUCCUUUAAUCCCUUGUUGUUAUCCGCGCGAACGGAGAAAAUGGAUUUCGAAGGAAGAUUGCGAAAUGUUUGGGAAUCUUUAGUCAUGUGGUUUCAUAAAAAAACUAUCCACUUGCCAAGUCAGCAGGAUUUAUAUGCAAAAUACUUUCCAAAUGCCAAGAAAUCGCUGAAUGAUGUUCUGGAUAGCUUUUCCUUGAUGUUGCUUGGUCAACACUUUUCACUAAGUUAUCCACGUCCUUAUUUGCCCAAUAUGAUUGAAGUAGGCGGACUGCAUUUGCAACAGAAACGAGAAGUGCAACCUUUACCAAAAGAUUUAGCAGAGUUUGUUGAGCAAUCUCCACAGGGAAUCAUUUAUUUCUCAAUGGGUUCCAAUAUAAAGAGCAAAGAUCUGCCACCCGCCACCCGUAAAGUUCUAAUGGAAACCUUUGCCAGUUUGUCUCAACGGGUUUUGUGGAAAUUCGAAGAUGAUCAGCUGCCUGAAAAACCCACUAAUGUGUUUAUUAGCAAGUGGUUUCCUCAACCGGAUAUCCUGGCCCAUCCAAAUGUUAAGCUGUUUAUAACCCAUGGAGGAUUAUUAAGCACCAUUGAGAGUAUUUACUUUGGCAAACCGAUUUUGGGUCUGCCAGUUUUCUACGAUCAGCACCUGAAUGUUCAGAGGGCAAAGCAGGCUGGUUAUGGUUUAAAUGCUGAUUUGUGGAGUGCAAAUGCCUCAGAACUUACUUCAUUGAUCCAGGAACUAUUGAGUAAUCCCAGUUAUGCGGAGGCAGCUCAGAUUAAAUCGAAACUAUUUCGGGAUCAGAAGGAAACCGCUUUGGAACGAGCCAUUUGGUGGACCGAAUAUGUUUUGAGGCACAAGGGUGCCAGCCACUUGAGAUGUGCCUCCAAAGAUCUUCACUUUAUCCAGUUGCAUGGCUUGGACACCUGGGGACUCCUCAUCGCUGUUGCGUUACUUUCUAUACUGAUCUUUGUGACUGCACUGAACUAUCUAGUAAGAGGUCUCGGUUAUAUCAUCAAAAAGCGCGGUGAGAGGUCGAGCAAAUUGAAGACCCAGUAACCAAUUAAAGGCCAUUAGCUGGCUUCGUUUAUGCCAUCACAGAUCUAUUGUAUGUGACUUAUAACUAACAUUAGUGUAGGAUGCAUUUGAAAUUAAUUGUUUUGUUAUUAGCACCUACAAAUAAUCAUUAAACAAAAAAAGGAACCCAUUUAAUAUUAUGGGGUGUGUACUAAAGUUAUUUAUUUUUAGUAUUUAAAAGAUAGAACUUUUUGUACUUACUUUAACUCACAGUGUAAAAUCUAAGAAUAGAAAGCAAAAUAAAAGUA